AUGUCACUGAAGACUCCGACGCCGGGCGUCGGCGAGCGCGAGACAUGGGGCAAGAAGGUGGAUUUUCUGCUGUCAGUCAUCGGCUUUGCGGUUGAUCUCGCCAACGUGUGGCGUUUCCCCUACCUGUGCUACAAGAAUGGUGGAGGGGCGUUCUUGGUGCCGUACUGCAUCAUGCUGGUGGUGGGUGGAAUUCCGCUUUUCUACAUGGAGUUAGCUUUGGGGCAGUUUCAUCGUAAGGGAGCAAUCACUUGCUGGGGCAGGCUUGUACCAUUGUUUAAAGGUAUCGGAUACGCGGUGGUCCUGAUAGCAUUUUAUGUUGACUUUUAUUACAAUGUCAUAAUCGCUUGGGCACUUCGAUUUUUCUUUGCAUCAUUCACAACUAUGUUACCAUGGACGAACUGCAACAAUGAGUGGAACACGCCUGCAUGUCAGCCGUUCGAAGCUAAUUGGGAGUCAAUAAACGCAAACAAAUCUACACGUCAUCACAACUCUUCAGUGCCAAACAUUCCACAAACGACACCAUUCACUUCAGCUGCUUCAGAAUAUUUUAACCGAGCUAUAUUAGAACUCCAUAGAAGUGAAGGAUUACACGACUUGGGUCCCAUCAAGUGGGACAUGGCUCUUUGUCUCCUGGCGGUUUAUAUUAUUUGUUAUUUUUCGUUAUGGAAAGGCAUCAGCACUUCGGGCAAAGUGGUAUGGUUCACAGCUUUAUUUCCUUACGCUGUACUUCUAAUACUUUUAGUGCGUGGCAUUACUUUACCUGGCUCAGCUACUGGUAUUGCAUACUAUUUGAGCCCUAAUUUUGAAGCUAUUACACAGCCACAGGUAUGGGUUGACGCAGCUACACAAGUAUUUUUCUCUUUGGGUCCAGGAUUUGGCGUUCUAUUGGCUUAUGCUUCUUACAACAAAUACCAUAACAACGUGUAUAAAGACGCUAUCUUAACUAGUGUGAUCAACUCUUGCACCUCUUUUAUUGCUGGAUUCGUCAUCUUCAGUGUGUUAGGCUACAUGGCCUACGCGUCUGGAAAAGACGUUAAAGAUGUAGCUACAGAGGGACCAGGUCUUGUAUUUGUGGUGUAUCCCGCUGCAAUAGCGACUAUGCCUGGGUCUACGUUCUGGGCUCUAAUAUUCUUUAUGAUGUUGCUAACUCUGGGAUUGGAUAGCUCUUUCGGCGGAUCCGAAGCGAUAAUAACGGCUUUGAGUGAUGAGUUUCCCCCAAUCGGUCGACACCGAGAACUGUUCGUGGCCGGUCUCUUCACACUCUACUUCUUUGUUGGCCUAGCAUCUUGCACACAGGGUGGUUUCUAUUUCUUCCAAUUAUUAGAUCGAUAUGCUGCUGGAUAUUCUAUGCUUGUUGCUGUAUUCUUUGAGGCCAUUGCUGUUUCAUGGAUCUAUGGUACUGAAAGGUUCUGUGAGGACAUCCGCGAUAUGAUCGGUUUCCGACCUGGUCUCUACUGGCGUAUCUGCUGGCGUUUUGCCGCUCCAGCUUUCCUCUUAUUCAUCACAGUAUACGGACUUAUGGACUACGAGCCCCUUUCAUAUGAUACCUACGUGUAUCCACUUUGGGCUAACGCACUUGGAUGGGUGAUUGCUGGUUCAAGCGUUAUCUGUAUACCGACCGUGGCUAUCUACAAGAUUCUUACUACAAAAGGAACUUUUCUUGAGCGCCUGCACAUCCUGACCACGCCGUACGCAGACACGGAGCGCAUCGCGGCGCACAACGGUGUCGUGGUGUCUGAGAGCGGCGGCGUGCGGCUCUCCUCCGCCGUCACAACUCCGAGCACCCCCCCUCCCGCUGCGCCCACCAACCCCGCGACCCCCUCCCCCGCCCUCCACACUCAACCCGCGCUCGUCUGA